CUUUUUAAUUGUGUUUAUUGGUAUUCAGUGCUUUAGGAUUCAUUUUCUGGUGAAAUCUGCUUUUGUUGUAAAUCACAAUGAUCCGCGUAAGCACAUGUGUUAAUCGCCGUCUGUGUUAUCAAUACUCAAGUUUUGCUGGCUAUGGUGGAUCUGAAAACCCUAGGCUUUCUAAAAAUCCCGCCGCUGCAAACAUCCCUAUUCCUCACAGAAGCAAUCCUGAACCUAAAGGCCAAGAUCUUGAUUUCGUCAAUGUCGCUCAUAGCCACCUGAUUCAAUCUGAUUGGGAUAAGCUUAAUAAGCUAUCAGACCACUUAGAUUCAUUUAGGGUCAAGAACGUACUAUUGAAGAUACAGAAAGAUUAUCUUCUUUCUCUUGAGUUCUUCAAUUGGACGAAAACCAGAAACCCAGGUUCUCACUCUCUUGAAACCCAUGCUAUAGUUCUUCACACUCUCACUAAAAACCGCAAGUUCAAGUCUGCAGAGUCCAUUUUGAGGGAUGUACUCGUAAAUGGUGCGGUGGAUUUGCCUGCCAAAGUCUUUGAUGCAUUGUUGUAUUCGUACCGGGAAUGUGACUCUACGCCUAGAGUGUUUGAUUCACUCUUCAAAACUUUUGCUCAUUUGAAGAAAUUCAGAAAUGCCACUGAUACUUUUAUGCAGAUGAAGGAUUACGGGUUUCUUCCAACAGUUGAAUCUUGCAAUGCUUACAUGAGCUCACUACUUGGUCAAGGGAGGGUGGAUAUUGCUCUGACGUUUUACAGAGAAAUGCGGCGGUGUAAGAUUUCCCCAAACACAUACACUCUCAACAUGGUUAUGUCAGGUUAUUGUAGGUCUGGAAAACUUGACAAGGGCAUUGAGUUGCUACAAGACAUGGAAAGAUUGGGUUUUCGGGCCACAGAUGUGUCGUAUAAUACAUUGAUAGCCGGGCAUUGCGAAAAGGGUCUUUUGAGCUCAGCUUUGAAGCUUAAGAACAUGAUGGGAAAGAAUGGCUUGCAGCCUAAUGUGGUUACUUUUAACACUCUCAUCCAUGGGUUUUGCAGAACUGUGAAGUUGCAAGAAGCUAGUAAGGUUUUUGGUGAGAUGAAAACGGUAAACGUGGCACCCAACACUGUCACGUAUAACACGUUGAUUAAUGGGUACAGCCAACAGGGUGAUCACGAGAUGGCGUUCCGGUUUUAUGAAGAUAUGGUCUGCAACGGGAUUCAGCGUGACAUUUUGACGUACAACGCAUUGAUCUUGGGACUAUGCAAACAAGCUAAGACGAGGAAAGCUGCACAGUUUGUUAAAGAACUCGACAAAGAGAAUUUGGUGCCAAACUCGUCAACCUUCUCUGCGCUAAUAAUGGGACAAUUCGUGAGGAGAAAUGCAGACCGUGGUUUUGAACUGUACAAAAGCAUGAUUAGGAGCGGUUGCCAUCCGAAUGAACAAACAUUCAACAUGUUGAUUUCUGCAUUCUGUAAGAAUGAGGAUUUUGAUGGAGCAGCUCAAGUGCUAAGAGAAAUGGUCAGAAGAUCAAUUCCUCUUGAUUCAAGGACUGUUCAUCAGGUCUGCAAUGGACUUAAGCAUCAAGGGAAAGACCAACUUGUGAAAGAGUUGUUACAUGAGAUGGAAGGGAAAAAGUUUCUACAAGAACCUUUAGAUAACUGAGAAGCAGAAUGUAUUAACCAAAAUGUGUUUAUAAAGGAUACAGUCUCAU